AUGGCGAGCGCACUGGAAACGCUCUGCGGCCAGGCCUACGGCGCAAGGCAGUACCACACUCUGGGGCUCCACACGUACCGAGCCAUCGUCACCCUCCUGGUGGUGUGCGUCCCGCUCUCGCUCCUGUGGGCGUUCAUGGGCAAGAUCCUGGUGCUGAUCGGGCAGGACCCCCUGAUCGCGGACGGGGCCGGGCGGUACAUCGUGUGGCUCAUCCCGGGGCUCUUCGCCAACGCGGUGAUCCAGCCCAUCACCAAGUUCCUGCAGUCGCAGAGCCUCACCACGCCGCUGCUCCUGUCGUCCGUGGCCACGCUGGCGCUCCACGUCCCGCUCUGCUGGGUCAUGGUGUUCAGGACGGGGAUGGGGUACACUGGCGCCGCCCUGGCCAUCAGCGUCUCCUAUUGGCUCAACGUGGCCAUGCUCGUGGCGUACAUUGUGAUGUCGAGCUCCUGCAAGGAGACGCGCACGCCGCCGACCAUCAAGGCCUUCAGGGGGGUGGGCGUGUUCCUGCGCCUGGCUCUGCCCUCUGCGCUCAUGAUAUGCCUUGAGUGGUGGUCAUUUGAGCUACUUAUCCUCAUGUCGGGGCUUCUGCCCAACCCGGAGCUUCAAACCUCGGUGCUCUCAAUAUGCACGCGAGUAGCAAACGAAUUGGGUGUUGGGAACCCCGAAGGAGCUCGAUCGGCGGUCCGUGUCGUGAUGUCGGUAGCGGUGACAGAGGCGGUGAUCGUCAGUGGAGCUCUCUUGCUGUCACGGCGCCUCCUGGGCCGCGCUUACAGCAGCGAGGAGGAGGUCGCAUCCGCUGUCGCCGCCAUGGUUCCCCUCGUCUGCAUCACCGUGGUCACCGAUGGCCUUCAAGGGGUUCUCUCAGGCGUGGCUCGAGGAUGCGGAUGGCAGCACGUGGGCGCGUACGUCAACCUCGGCUCCUUCUACCUGCUCGGGAUCCCCAUGGCGAUGCUUCUGGGUUUUGUGCUCAAGAUGGGGGCAAAGGGGCUUUGGAUGGGCGUCGUCUGUGGAUCCAUCUCGCAGACCACGCUCCUCUCCGCCAUCACGUUUUUCACCAACUGGCAGAAGAUGCACGAAUUUUCGGCGAUCAAAGAGUUGCUUACCCUCUUUGGCAAUGUUAGCGGGAUGUGCACCAACUACAACAAGUGCUCUGUGACACCUAUCCAGUGCUAUGAUGACCAGGUGACCACCUUCGCAACCUCCAUUGCGUGCCCCAUCUCUCACUUACCGUGA